AACGCGUCGGUCCGCCUCAGGGAGUCGCAAUCGAGGAACCACCGAGCGGGCAGCAGGCGCCCCCUGCAGCCGGGACAGGUAAGUGCAGCCUGCGGGGAUAGGCAGAAGAUGACUCCGCGUCCUCCCUCCCUCCGAGGCGCGAAGUCUUGUCACGCUUGGCGCCAAGGUGGAACUUCUUCGCAACCUUUUUUCACGCGCCUCCGCGAGGCUCGGCCGGCACCCAGAGGCCAUGUUCAGGCUUGCUCGACAUAUUUCCUUACGCGGGCGCCCAGAACCGCAGUGGAGGGAAAGGAGGCCCAUCUCUGCAAGGGAUCUGCGCCCGGGUGCUGCUCGUGCCUCUUUAGCCAUCCCGCUCCUGCAAGUCCGGGUUCGGCCCGAACUCGUUUUGUUCACGAGGGCACUAGAACCGGCCUGAAGCUUUUGGAUUUUUUUUUCUCACGCACCAAACCCCGCUGCCAGUAUCGUUUCUGUGUAACAAGUGAAUUCAGGACCCCGUAAACUCUCGACAUUUGGAACGGAGCUCCCAGUUUGGGAGAAGAAAACCUCUCACUAUAUUUCUGCCUGGAAGGGGCAGAUAAGAACGAGCUUCAGUGGUUUUCGGUUUAGGGAUAGAAUAAAAUAAUCUGUCUAUGCUGUUCAAGUGCUGGCUGCUUCUUUGUAAUAUUUUAUUGGCCACCAGACCCCAGGAUUAGUGUGUGUGUAAAUUGCAUGUAAACCUGUGACAAACGGACCAGGGUUUGAUAUUAAAUAAUUGCAGGUUAAUUGUAACCUACCAUUGCAUAUGACAGCUCUUGUCUUUAUGUUUCCAUGCAUAAAUAGAGAAUCACAUAGCUGAAUUUCAGUGUAAAUUUAUCCAAAAUUAUUUCAAGUGUUGGAGUUCAGAACCAGUAUUCUUCACAACUGAAUUCAUGGCAGUCAAAAAUAUAAUGCUUCUUGUAUUUUGUAAGCUUACAAAAUCUAGCUGAUUUUCAUACAAAUAAGUCUCCCAAGCUGCACAGCCUCCAUUAUGGGAGAAAAAAAAUGACAGAGAUCAACUGGGGAGGAUGAGUGUUGAGGUCUCACAUACCCGGAGGGCUGCUCGUUGGGGAAAAUUGUAAGUGAUUAAUUUUGUCUUUUAACAUUUAAGCCAUUCAGACAAUUUAAACACAUCGAAUUAAUAAUAAAGUCUAACUGUGAUGUCAGGGUAGAUCAAGGAUGUUGAUCAUAAAGAUUUCAAGAUCUUCAAGAAAAGCCAGACAAACAGAAGUGCAGAGGAGGAAAAAGUGAGGUGGGGACUGUUCCCAGGUUACCACACAUGACAGGUGGUUCUGCAAGACAGGCUUAAUCUAGUGGUAAAGUUUGACAUGUUUCAAAUUCCUGUGCAAAAUCUUGAUAAUAUAAGAAGAUCUCGGAAGAAAGUGAAGGGUAUUCUUGUGGAUAUUGGACUUGACAGCUGUCAAGAGUUACUUCAGACUCUGAAAAGUUUUGACCCAGGAGAAAAAUACUUCUGCAAUACUUCAUGGAAUGAUGUAUCUCAUUGGGACAAUGUGGCUAAAAGAAAGAGAUACAGAACAAAUCCAUAUUGCUGCAGCUUGUGCAAAUUUUCAUCAAAAUUUCUUAAUUCUUUCAAAAACCACCUGAACCGUUACCAUGAAGAUGAAAUGGAUCAAGAAUUAGUUGUUCCUUGUCCAGAAUGUUCAUUUGCUUCUCAUUCUAAAAUAGUAGGAAAACACCUCCGAAUGUUUCACUCCAAGAAAAAAAUACAAAACUAUAAUGUGAGUGGUGGUAUGAGACAAUUCCGGAAUGAUGCAGUAAACUUUGUAUGCCAGAAAUGUCAGUUUACUGACAUGCUGUACUACAAUACAAAGAAACAUGUGUUGGUAAACCAUUUUCAAAAUUUAAUAAGCACAUAUUUUGAGGAGAGGCCUGAUGAAAGUGAAGAGAAUUUUACUGAUCAUUACUGUAAAAAGUGUAAUGCUUUUGCAAAUAGCCGAGAUUCUUUAAUAUAUCAUGUCUUAACAUCUGAAGUACACAAAGAUCUGGAAAAUAUACUGGGGCGUGUAAUUUCAGUUCAGCCUAAAAAACCAGGACAAACAAAGUCACUGCAGAUUAUCAAUAUUGCUCCCAAGCCAUCUACAGCUGGGACUGCUUCACCACUGAUUCCUACCUCUGUAGGAUCAAAUUCUACAUCACGUCUUCAACUUUCACUUCCAUCAGUUAAUCAGAAUCAAAAUAUGGUGUCGACAAAAGCAGUUCAUAAUAUGGUUACACCUUUGGGUGUUUCAGGUAGCUCCAAUAGCAUGACAGCUUCAACUUCAGUUGAUCAGUUACAUAUUACCCUUCUUCCUGGUCCUCGCCCAGGAAGUCAGAAUAAUGUUGGUCUUCAGCCUGCAGUUUCCCAACCAGUUUUUGUUUCUCACCGUUACCCUCUAAAACAGCCUGUAAGACCUGGGGUUCUUUGCCUAAAUCAGCCCACAGGUAAUAUAAGUAGAGCUGUUCCUCCAGGAGUCAUUUCAUUCACUCGACCUAUCAGGCCUACUCUGCUUCCUGUUAAUCAAUCAGUCAGAACUAUCAGCAGUCCAAUUAUGCCAGGACCUGGUCCUAUUCCAGUUAACAGGCCUUCAUCACCUGGGAUCCUUGCUGUAAAUCGACCUAUUGGCAGUGGUCCUGGAAUUCUUCCAGUUCCCCAGGCAAUUACAUCUGGAGUUCUUCAGUUUAAUCAUCCGGUCACACCAGGGGUUCUUCCUGUAAACCCAUCUGUUGGACCUGGGAUUGUACAGUUUAAUCAGCCUGUUACACCAGAAGUUCUUCCUGUAAAUCAGUCUGUUAGACCUGGAGUGUGUCAGAAUCCUACUUUACUUACUGGUGGACCUAUACUUAGACAGUUAAUUCCAACUGGCAAACAAGUUAAUGGAAUACCUACAUACACUCUUGCACCAGUUUCCGUUACUUUGCCUGGGCCACCAGGUGGUGGGGUGGCAACUGUUCCACCACCUCAGUUACCUGUUCAGCUGAUGCAACCUGGCCCAGUUACCCAGCUGUCUCAGGGUCCUGCUACUGUGCCAUCUCCUGUUGUAGUAAGUUCUACAAACUCUCUUACCAAGACUUCUUCAACCAGUUCUGCAAUGAGUCUAGUUCUUAAACAGGCUAAGCAGUGGAAGACUUGCCCUGUUUGUAGUGAGCUUUUCCCAUCAAAUGUCUAUCAGGUGCACAUGCAGGUAGCCCACAAAUGUAGUACAUCAAAGACAGAGAUUACUCUUGAAAUAGAUAAAGUUGCAGCCUGUGCACCUUUUUUGAGGUGGCUAAAGGAUAAGACAGUGCGAUGUUUUUCUUGUAAAUGUUUUCUAUCUCAGGCAGAGCUUAUAAAACAUAUUUUCAUUCAUGGGUUAACUUGCCUCUUCUGCACCAGUGUUUUCCAUGAUUUAAAAUGCCUUGUGGAUCACACAAGAACUCUGCAUAAUGGGAAAAAGAAACUGCACUCUGAUUAUGAUGAUAAAGGGUUUCAGCUUGUGAGUGAUUCUGAAGAUCACCUAGUAUUCCCUCAUUUUGACUUCAGUAUAACUUCAAAAGAACUUUGUGAAAAAGAAGUGCACCUUGUUGUACUUGCUGGGGUAAAUUCAAGGACACUUAUUCCUUUGUAUAUCAAACUGCAACAUGAGGGUGCUGAAAUGAGUAGAGAGAAUAAGAAAGUUUCCACUUGCCCUUUUUGUUAUGGUACUUUCACUAGCACAGAAGCCUAUGAAAUCCAUUUGAAGGAGCGGCACCACAUCAUGCCAACUGUGCAUACCAUUUUAAAGUCUCCUGCUUUUAAAUGUAUUCACUGCUGUGGUGUAUACACUGGCAACAUGACUCUGACAGCUAUAGCUGUGCAUUUGCUUCGGUGCCGGAGCGCUCCUAAAGAUACCACGCCAGCUGUGAAGAUGCAGCUUGAACUCGAUGAAAAGCAGGAUCUACCACUUAUGAACGGGGAAAACCAUGAUAAUACUUCUCUUUCAGCCAAGAGGAAACAAUCUGAUCAUCUUUACGCUGUUUCUGUUUCCGAAGACCAAAGCAGCGAUGACCAGCCUUUCCUGAUUAUAAAUAGUGGUACAGCCCAAAUUCCAAUAAAGGAGGUGAAUUGUGUGCCUUCCAAACGACAAAAGACUGAUCAUAAAACUGAAACUAAGGGCGAGUCUUCAGUUGAAGAUCUUCAUGUGUUGGUGUUAAAUCCAAAGCCAUUCCAACAAAGCUCAAAUGAAGUCCAAAAAAGGUUUCUUGCAGAUUAUUUUCACAAGAAGCCAUAUCCCAGUAAAAAAGAGCUGGAAUUGCUGUCAUCCAUUCUUUGUGCAUGGAAAGUUGAUGUUGCAUCAUUUUUUGGGAGAAAGAGAUACUUCUGCCUAAAGGCAAUAAAAAACUUUAAGCCGUCUGUGCUUUUGGGCUUUAGUAUGUCAGAACUUAAAAAUGUAAAGCACAGUUUGAACUUAAAAUGUGAAUUGGAGGGUGUAUAAUUUUUUUUUUUAAAUAGCCCUGAUAUCAGGCAACCAAGAUUGCAUAUUACAUCAGAAACUAUUCCGCUAAUUUAGUUUUUUGUAACAUAAAAAUAUUAGUGUUCACUGACUACAUUUGCACACAAUAGUAAGCCAGAAUUACAAAAAAAAAAUAUUCACAAGCAGUUUGUACUUCACCCAAUCAGUCCUGGGUUCCUUCCACCACUAAUAGUGACUACAAUAACAAGGAAAUCAGCAGGAAGAAAAUGCUUAAUGUUAAAUUUAGACUCAAGAUUCCUAGCUUUUUGUUCCCAAACAAUUUGACUUGGGUGCCUGCUCUAAACUCUGGCUUGAAUUCUGGCUUGUUAGGUGUAUAACAAAUCAUGAAUCUUAGUUCUGACAUAAUGUGAAGAGUUUUUGCUUUUUCAAUAAGCUCAGGUUACUGUAGUUCUCUGGCUGGUGGAAGAUACCAUGGGUGAGUCACAGGGCAACAUACUGCUCCUGAAUGAUAAAUGAGAUUUUUUAGAAUCAUAGCUCGCUAUUUUGUGUGAACACAAUCAGUGCCAUUGGGCUGUAUUACAGGAUACCAGAAGUUCUAGUUCCUUUUGUUCUGUUUUAUUUCCUUGCUUAUGAUGUCGUUUCUUUCUGUCCAUGGGAUUUUAUACAAUUGUGUAACAAAUUUCUAGUUUUUUUAAAAAUACCAAUUGUUUCUAAAAAAUAAUAAUAAAGUGUAUAGUUUUGGUAAAAUAUCAAAACUGGUUAGAUGGUUAUAACAGUGUAAAAGAAUCAUCCCCCUCCCUUUAAAAUUAAGAUGCUUGGCUUUUAAUAUGACCUUAUCAGGCAGAGCUUAUAAAACAUAUUUUCAUUCAUGGGUUAACUUGCCUCUUCUGCACCAGUGUUUUCCAUGAUUUAAAAUGCCUUGUGGAUCACACAAAA